AUGGCCAACGCGAUGGUUAACCCUUCCCCACCCCAUCCUAGCAGCUCUAAGUCCACGUCUACAACUUCCGCUGCGAAGUUUACUGGCGGCAUCAAGAAGAUCAAGAUCGCCCCAGGGUCUCUUCUCAAGGACAGAGCAGCCGCAUUGAUUACUGCUGGCAAGCUGGCUAUGCCAGUUGCUAAGCCGUUCAAGGAAGUAGGCUCAGCAGAUGGUCUUACAGCACAGACAAGCGUGGAGAAGACAACCGCCAGUAUCAAGACCUUCCACCCCACGGACGAUGGUGCGACUCCCUCAACGCCCAUCACUAAGAAGCAGGACAAACAGAAACAACGCGCGUCUGCUCCCAAUGUGCAGCUCCUGUCUUCUCGGAGCACCUCGGAUUUCGAUGUGUUCUCCAAAUUUCCGGAGCCCAAGGCACAGCAACCAGUGGAGUCAAUGUGUCGUCUCCAGGCAAUGAAGCAGCGUGCUCCGAGCGGCGUCGGACCUCUUCACAAAGUGCCUCUAGACCAGCGCAUGAAGCUAGACAGGAUGCGGAUUGACGCCAUUGAGAAACUCGGGCAGCGUCGUGCGGCGUUAAAGAGUACGUUCGAUUUGGUGUGCAGUGUCAAACCUAUGGCGCCUCAUAUCAAGGAGGCAGCCAGAGCUUUGCAUAAGCAGAUGCAGGUCUUCGACGGCGACGUGAAGAAGCUGGAGCAGCUGGGUCGCGGUCUGCAGACUAUGGACUUGACGGGUGUUGAUCCCGAGAUACUCGUUACUCUCGCCUCUUGGGGCUCUUCUAUUGAGAAGGCACCUAGCUCCGACGAGAUAGUCGAGUCUGUGGAGCUUGCAGAGGUUGAGACUGAAGCAGGGGACGUUGCCGUAGACGAGGAACUCUUUGGUCCCCAAGACAUCGAGGGAUCGUCAUCGCCUGUCCUGAUUGACGACCCAUCACAGCUCAGCCAGGCUGUCGCACUCACGUCCGAGCCAACCCUUUCUCCCAUUAAGCCCCGCUCGGUACCCAAGCCCUCCAACUUUAUGCGCGCGAUGAGCAGAGCUCAGCGCGCCCGCAUUCCACACUCCGUUACUCCAAAGCCGAUUCAGGAGCGGACCAGUGACUCCAAAGCUCCUACCACCAAUCUGAUUGAUCCAUUGCUUGCUGAUGAAACCGCGAAACAGCAGGCCGCGGCUUCGAGGAAGAGCUCGGCUGGCCAGCGAGCACUGAAAGAUGACAGCGCAUCGAAGAGGAUUUGCGGCGGUACAGGUGGUGCUUCAAAGCCAAGGCCUACGUUCAAGCUCAAUAAGAAUGGGGAUGUGAUGUGGGAUAAAGGAAAGAAGGCAGUAGAGUCUAAGAUUGGAGAGAAGAGAAAAAGGAGCGAUAUGGUAGAGACGUCGAGUAAGGGAUAUGAUGAUGGAGAGGGGACAAUUAAGAGGCUGAGAAUUCGACAGGUGAAUCCGGCUGAAGAUGCGAUGGAGAUUGACGAGCCCACUGCCGCGCCUGUCUACUAUUUUUGA